AUGAAUAUGUUGGAUGAUGAAGAUGACCAAAGCUUUUACGCUACGCGUGACGGCUAUUCCCAUUUGAGCAAUGACGAACGGGAUGCGGUUGAACGGAUGGGUUCAACCAUGGGCAUCCAUGCUAUUAGCGUCAUGCUGGAGGCUCUCAAUAGAGAUGCCUAA